AUGGCUUCUUCUACGGCGUCGCUGAGGCGCCUGGUGAUGGCGUCUUCUGAGCGAGCGCAGCUGUACGAGGAGUUCGUGCGGCAGCGCGGGCCCGGCUGGCGGCGCCCACGUCGGCCGUGGGUGCGGCGCUGCCUGACCUCUGGCGUGCUGGAGGUGCGCGCCCGCCGGCUGCUGCUGCUGCGCCUCGGCCGCUGGCGGACCGCGGCCUGGCAGGCGGAGGAGCUGCUGCAGGCGGCCGGCCUGUGCGGCGAGGUGGCCGCGCUGGAGCCCGCGGCGCAGCUGUCGGGCGUGCAGGCCGUCUUCGAUCUGCGCGGGCUGGGCCUCGAGCAGCUGCGCGCGCUCUCGCCCGGCUUCGCGCGCACCAUGGUCCACUACCUCGCGAAUUGCUUUCCUAUACGAAUAAACGGAGUCCAUGUUGUAAAUGAACCAGCAAUUUUUGGUCUGGUAUUUUCACUAUUCAAGAGCUUCCUUAAUGAACGUAUGCAGAAAAGGCUGUUCUUACAUGGACAUGACAUGGAAUCACUACAUAGCCACAUAACUCCUGACUGGUUGCCCCCUGACCUGGGAGGCUCUGGAAAAGAAACAGAUCUAAAUGAGUGGCUUUCCUAUGUUCUCAGUCAACCUGUGGUAUUAGGGCUGAAGAAAGUUGGUUACGUUUUUGAAGAUGAUCUGAUUAUUUAGAAGAAGACAGAUAACUUGAAAAAAGCAUCACUGUCAUAGUUAUAUGCAUUUUCUGUAUUGAGUAAAAUAUUUUUGUACAGUAAAAGAAAUUGGACUGGUUUUAGAAUGUUUGUACAAGAUAGCUAAAGCUUUGUGUAUAAUAUAGUUUUGUAUCUAGAAUAUUGUAUUUUCUCACAAUGCCUAUAUUGGAGAAAAUACUGUAGUGUUGUUGCUCAUUUUAUAUGUCAACUGCUAUCACUUUUAUCCUCCUAUUUCAGUAAUUAGGAAGUUGUGAACUUAUAUAGAAGCACCUAAUAAUCUGUUUGUUGUGACCUGUAUGUACUUGAGUUCUAGGUACAUUACAGUUGUUUGGCAAUAAAAUACUGCGGAGAUCCAUCUUAAAGAGUCAAGGGUGGGUAUGUAUUUAACACCACCAUAAAAAUUGUUAUUUUACAAAGCACUUUUUGGUGACCGAGGUUACUAAAUUAUGAUAAUUAUGUUACACUAUAGAGAGAAGUCAUUUAGAGUCCUGGAGGUGAAAGCAUGUCAGAAAUCACAUUCUGCCAUGUAUUCUUACCCUAACAUACAUCACCAUUAAAAUUCUGUCUUUGUACAAAUUUGGAAAGCUUCAAGAGGUAUAAGAUAUACAAAAGAAAAACAUUUUACUUAUCUUCACUAUUUUGUGGUUGUCGUUGUUGGCUCCAGGUCUUGUCUAGGGGUACAUACUUGAGGCUGUAAUUUUAUAACGUUAUGGGUUCUUGUUGAACUGAAGAACUGAUGAAGAUUUGCCUGUCAUUAUGAAUAUCUUCUUAUUUUAUCCUAUUCUUCUAAAUCACAUUGACUUUACAAUUUUCAUUUCUAUCUCACCACAAACUACAUUGUUGUUGACAAACUUAGAAAAACAU